AUGGAGAUAGUGCUCGAACAGGGAUAUGUGGUAGAGAACAUCGCUGCAAUGUGGUAUAAGUCUCUGAAAGAUGAAACAGAUGUAAGGUUGAGGAUGCUUCACACAGACAAGGAUGCCAUGGACAUGGCUAGAAUUGGAAAAAGGGACAACAUGGUGGAGCUUUUUGUUGUUCACAAAGAUGCUGCUACUACUAGGAAAGGCUGCACUAUUGAGAAAGUUGAACAUAUAGAUGGUGGUGAGGCUGCUACACCCACUGCAGACACUGUUGGGCCUGGUCUAAUUGUGUUGCACAAGGCCCAAUCAUUUGCUCAGGCCAAGGUGGGUAAGAAGCCCAAGGUGGUGACAAAAGUCCAGAAUGAUGUGUUGGAGGAUGGUGAUGAAGAGAGGUCAGAGAGGUCAGAUUUUUCAGGUGAUGAUGAAUCUGAGGAUGAUGACUACCGGCCAGGAAAUGAUGAUGAGGGGGACAAUGAUAAACAAUGGAGUGAAAAUAGCUCUGGAGAUACUAAUCUGGAGGUUGCAUUUGAUGACAGUGAUGAUGAUCGGAAUGGUGAUGGGGGUUUGUAUGAUAGUGUUCCAACUGAGAGAGAACAAGGAGAGCACAGUGGCAGUGUUAAUAAGGGUAAGGAGCAAGUGGUGGCUGCUGGAUUAAGGGAUGAGGAUGAUGGGUAUGAGAGUGAGGGGUUGUGGGAUGUCCCUGUAAGUGAUGAUAAAGGGGAUCCCUUGUUGAGGAGGUACCCGUUGUAUAAGAGUUUGAAGAAUAUGAAGGAGUAUAAAUGGGAGGUUGGGACAAUGUACGUAGAUAGGAAUGUUUUUAAGGAAUGUGUAACGAGCUAUGCUAUGCACAGUGGCAGAGGAAUAUGGUUCUCAAAGUGUGAUAGCUAUAGGUGCAAAGCUGUUUGCAAAGAAGGUUGCAAGUGGAGGAUUCAUGACUAUGCUGCGGAGUUACUGAAGUCUAAUCCGGGUUCCACUGUUCAGAUACAAGUGGAGAGACCUCUUGAAUUUCAGCUAGAGACACCAACUCUUGGUACGGACAUGAGACCACGAUUUCAGAGGAUCUAUAUCUGCUUGGAUGCUUGUAAACGGAGUUUCAUGGUGUGCAGACCCAUGAUCGGCCUUGAUGGAUGCUUCAUCAAGGCUCCAUAUGGGGGUCAACUUCUAACAGCCAUUGGAUGGGACCCCAAUGAUCAGAUUCUGCCAAUUGCCUAUGCUAUUGUUGAAGCAGAGACGAAAGACUCAUGGAGAUGGUUUUUGUUGAAUCUGUGUGAUGAUUUGGGAGUUGAUAAGAUCAGAUGGUGUACAUUCAUGAGCGACCAACAAAAGGGAUUGAUCCCAACCUUUGAUGAGUUGCUGCCUGGCAUAGACCACAGGUUUUGUGUCAGGCACUUAUAUAGCAACUUCAGAAAAAGGUUCCCAGGUGUUCAGCUAAAGAUGAUGAUGUGGAAGGCUGCAAAGGCAACAUAUGUCCAGGACUGGGAGAGGAGGAUGAAGGAGAUUCAGCAGGUUGAUCAAGGAGCUUAUAAUCAUCUCAUGGAGAUCCCUGCCAAGUAUUGGAGCAAGUCCAGGUUUAAUUAUUUUCCUAGAGUUGAUACACUUGUAAACAACAUGUGUGAGUGUUUUAACUCUGUUAUUGUAGAGGCUAGAGAGAAAUCCAUUGUGUCUAUGCUAGAAGAUAUUAGGGUUUAUCUAAUGAAUAGGUGGUCUGAUAACAGACAAAAUAUAGUUACAUAUGCCGGAGAAAUUUUGCCAAAAAUAAACAAGAAAAUUGAAAGAGAGUUUGAUAAGGGAGGGGAGUGGUUGGCCAUAUAUGCUGGUAGGGACAAGUAUGAAGUGUCUAGCAGUCAGGGUAAUAGAGCCAAGUUUGUUGUGGACUUAAACUUACAUGAGUGCUCCUGUAGAAAGUUUCAACUAACAGGUUACCCUUGUGAGCAUGCCAUGAGUUGCAUUAGAAAAAUGUGUCUAGAUGUUAAGAACUAUGUGAACAAGUGUUAUAGGAAAGAGACCUACGUGGACUGCUAUCAACAUGUAAUCUACCCACUGAAUGGACCAAAUCUCUGGUCCCGGACUGAGAAUGAUGAUGUGCUGCCACCAGUGUUUAGGAAACCAAUAGGGCUCCCAAAACUGAGCAGGAACAAGACUAGUGAUGAGCCACGCAACAAUGGAUCACUGUCUAAGUUAUCCAGGACUGGACAACAACAAAAAUGUUCAUAUUGUUUUGCACUUGGUCACAACAAAAGAACCUGCCCUAGAAAACGUAAGAUGGAGGCCUCAGCAAAAAAAGAAUGCAACUCCACAAGCCAAGAAAGGUGCUGGCAUAACUAGGACUCCAAAAUCCAGUAAGAUCCCAGCCAAGACAACAACACAACCAGCAACAAGACUUCAGCCAAAGAGGAAGAGCAAUACACAAGUUGGAGGGAGCCAUGAGUCACAGACAUCCUCCAAGAGAGCUAGAUGCAGCAGCAGCGCCAGUCAACCACAGCCAUCAACAGCAACAGUCACUAGCCCAUCAAGGAGGACCCUGAGGUUCAUGGCAAAAACACCACCUAGGCCUGGAAGGCAUUGGGAUGAAGAACAUAGUAGAUUUUAGUGUUUACCAUCUGUUUUGUAAUGAAUCUGUCAAUGACCAAACGCUAAUGUCCCUGUGAUACUUUAAACACCCUACUUUAAGACUACUAGUUUCAUGCUGAUC